AUGGACAGACUGACACCUAGGGGACCACCUGGCCAUCUUCCUCAGGGGGAGGCCUCUGUCUGCUGGCGGCUUACCGUGAGGGUCCUGGAGGCGCGGGGCCUGGGCUGGGCCGACAUGUUGAGCAAGGCAGAUCCCUAUGUGGUUUUACAGCUGCCAACUGUGCCUGGAAUAAAGUUUAAGACCAAAACAGUCACCAACUCCAGUCAUCCUGUAUGGAAUGAGACCUUCAGUUUCCUAAUCCAGACUCUGGUCAAGAAUGUUCUGGAGCUGAGCAUCUAUGAUGAGGACUCAGUCACAGAGGAUGAUCUUUGCUUUAAAUUUCUCUAUGACAUCUCAGAAGUCCCCCCUGGCAAGCUGCUCCGGAAGACCUUCUCCCUGCGUCCCCAGGGACAGGAGGAACUGGAUGUGGAGUUCCUGAUGGAAACAACGUCAGACCGCCCAGAAAACCUCAUCACCAACAACGUCCUUGUGGCUCGAGAGCUGUCGUGCUUGGAUGUCUGUGUGGAGAACACGAAGAGCACAGCCAUGGACUCAAACCAGGACAAUCUGGAGCUGGAGCUGGUGCUGAAGGGGUCAUAUGAGGACACACAGAGGUCUACCCUGGGCACAGCCUCUGCCUUCCGCUUUCACUACAUGGCGGCUCAAGAGACAGAGCUGAGUGGGCACCUGAGGAGCUCUAAAAGCAAUGGCUGGAACUCAGACAACUCAGCUGGGCACCUCACUGUGCCUCUAAGGCCCUCGGCUAUGGGGAAGGAGAUGACCAUUGAUGUUCCUGCCACAGAUGCCCCAGGAGUGAGGCUACAGCUCAAGGCUGAGGGCUGCCCUAAGGAACUGGCUGUGCGCUUGGGCUUCGAUCUUUGUGCAGAGGAGAAAGCGUUCCUGAGCAGGAGGAAGCAGGUGGUGGCCAGGGCCCUGAAGAAGGCCUUGCAGUUGGACAGAGACCUACAGGAAGACGAGGUCCCCAUCGUGGGCAUCAUGGCCACAGGAGGAGGCGCCCGGGCCAUGACCUCUCUCUAUGGCCACUUGUUGGCUCUGAAAAAGCUGGGACUCCUGGACUGUGUGACCUACUUCAGUGGCAUCUCAGGAGCUACAUGGACAAUGGCCCAACUAUAUGGGGACCCUGAGUGGUCGCAGACGAAUCUCGAGGGACCUAUCCGACACACCCGGGAGCAUCUGGCCAAGAGCAAGUUGGAAGCCUUCUCCCCAGAGCGCCUGACAAGCUACCGCCAGGAGCUGGAGUGGCGAGCAGAGCAGGGGCUGCCCACAACCUUUGUGGACCUGUGGGCUCUCGUUCUGGAGUCCAUGCUGCACAGCCAGGUGAUGGACCAGAAGCUGUCAGAACAGAGAGCUGCACUGGAGCGGGGCCAGAACCCUCUGCCCCUCUACUUGAGCCUCAAUGUCAAAGAGAACAACCUGGAGACGCUCGACUUCAAGGAAUGGGUCGAGUUCUCCCCCUAUGAGGUCGGAUUCCUGAAGUAUGGAGCCUUUGUCCCUGCUGAGCUCUUUGGCUCUGAGUUCUUCAUGGGGCAGCUGAUGAAGAGGCUCCCUGAGUCGCGGAUCUGCUUCCUGGAAGGUAUCUGGAGCAACGUUUUCUCCUUAAACUUGUUGGAUGCCUGGUAUGACCUCACCAGCUCCAGUGAGGCCUGGAAGCAGCAAAUCAAGGACAAGAUCGGACACCUGGGUAGGAAAGAGGAUGCCCCUGCCACCUCGAAGGCCUCCUCGUGGCUGGAGGACUUGUGGCUGCAGCCCGGAACGGCCCUGGCCCAGGCAUUUAAGGGCUUCCUGACAGGCAGGCCGCUCUACCAGCACACCUCCAACUUCCUCCAGGGCCUCCAGCCACACCAGGACUAUUGCAACCAGAAAAAUUUCUCUACCUGGGCAGACAGCCAGCUGGACUCCACCCCUGGCCAGCUGACCCCACAGGAGCCCCGGCUCUGCCUGGUGGAUGCUGCCUACUUCCUGAACACCAGCUCUCCCUCUAUGCUCCGGCCAGGCCGCAGGCUGGACCUCAUACUCUCCUUAGACUACAACCUGUCCUCGCCUUUUGAGACGCUGCAGCAGACUGAGGUGUACUGCCGAGGCCGCGGGCUGCCGUUCCCCGGCGUGGAGCCCAGCCCGCAGGACCAAGGCCAGCCCAAGGAGUGCUACCUCUUCUCCGACCCCACCUGCCCCGAUGCCCCUGUCCUGCUGCACUUCCCGUUGGUCAAUGCCUCCUUCAAGGACCACUCAGCCCCAGGUGUCCAGCGCAGCCCUGCAGAGCUACCAGCGGGCCAGGUGGACCUCACUGGAGCCACCUCACCCUACACCCUGUUCAACAUGACCUACAAGGAGGAAGACUUUGACUGCCUGCUGCAACUCAGUGAUUACAAUAUUCAGAACAGCCAGGACGCCAUCCUACAGGCCUUGAGGACGGUCCUGAAGCGCCAGGCCCCGGGGGACGGACUUCCGGGAGCACAGCCUUGA